GCCAGCCAGCGCUCCUGGCUCCUGCCGCUCACACUGUCACCCUCCUUCUGACCCUUCACUUGGCGUAGGCAGUGCUCACGUGGCCCCUCCAGCCCUCGGGAAUGCCUCCUCUGAGUUCUCAGAGCACUGAGCACUCACAGCCUGGGGAGCCACCUCUGGCCUGGCCUUGCUCUCUGAGAGGACUGGCGACCAGCGCCCAGAAGACGGGGUCUCCACCUUCUGCCCAGGGCUGAGGCAAGUGUGCGCGGCAGGAGCACAGGAAGCAGCGAUGCAGGCCCAGUGCGAGUUUACAUCUCACCUGGGCAGCUACAUGUCGCAGCUGGUCCAGAACCGGGUCCACCUCUACAAUUUCCUGCUCCUCAGGAUCAUCCUCUUCAACCAUUGGGUGUCAGGGCUGGCCCAGGAAGCCCGAGGGUCCUGCAGCAGACAGGCCUGUGCCCUGCCCGGAGCUGCAGCCUGCCCCCUGGGCCGGGUUCUGCGGGCUGGGCUCAUGCUGAUUCAGAUCCCUGUGUGGCUGGUGCUGCGGGGGCUCAGGCUGGCCUGGGGCAUGGCCCUGCAGUGGCUGGGUGCCUGGGGGCGGCUGGGCCUGUCGGUGGCCACCUGCAGAGACCUGCUCCUGUCAUGUCUGCACAGCCUGAUGCUGGUGGCCCUGCUGCUGCUGCUGUUGACCUGGCGACUCUGCCAGAAGGCCCACCGCUUUGGCCUGGGCUGGCUGCCCAGCAAGGCCCUGCUGGGAAACCACGUGGUACUGGAGCCCCUGGCCCUGCUGAAGUGUCUCUACUGGUGGGUGGUGAGCAUCUCUUGGCACCUGGCCUAUCUCGUCACCUGGACCACCUGCCUUGCCUCCCACCUGUUGCAGGCUGCCUUUGAGUACACGGCCCAGCUGGCCCAGGCCCAGGAGGAUGAACCCCAGGAGGCCUCAGGGUCCACACUCCCUGAGUCCUUGACCUCCAAGGCUGGGCCAGUCCCACCAGAGCAUGGAGCCCCUGGAGAAUAAAUAUGUCCCCAUCUGCCC